ACAUCCGGUAGUGCAUGCCAUUCACUGCCGACCAUUUCAAGCCUCAGCCUCGGUCCACUCCCUCUGUCCCUCCCCUUUCUCUCCUUAGACUUCUCGCUUCAUGGAUUUACUAUAUAUUUAUUCUUCACGCUACAUAGAUAGAUCUCCUUGAAGCCUCUCUCUCUCUCUCUUUCUCCAUCACUUCUUCUUUCUUCUUCCUUCCUUUGUCAUGGGAUCGAGAGCUCAAUGGAGUUUCGUGCUGCUCUGUGCGCUGCUGUCGGUGCUGAUCGCCUCCUUGAAUGGCACGGCGACCGAGAGCUUCGGUCACACGCAUCAUCUUGGCAAUGGCACGUCGCCGGGGAGAAGGGAGGGAGCGAGCGGCAUCAGCUGCAACAUGUUCCGAGGCAGCUGGGUCUACGACCAGUCCUACCCGCUCUACGACUCCUCCACCUGCCCCAUCCUCGAUCCGGAGUUCGACUGCCAGCGCUAUGGCCGGCCCGACAAGUCGUACCUCAAGUACCGGUGGAAGCCUGAUGCUUGUGAGCUCCCAAGGUUCAACGGUUUGGAUCUCCUGAGGAGGUGGAAAGGCAAGAAGAUUAUGUUCGUGGGCGAUUCCAUCAGCAUCAACCAGUGGCAGUCACUCGUCUGCAUGCUUCACGCCGCCGUCCCAGACGCCAAGACGACCUACAAAAAGAACGACACGCUCUCCACUAUAACAUUCACGGACUAUGGCGUGUCGGUGAUGCUGUACCACAGCACUUACCUGGUGGACAUCGUGGAGGAACGCAUCGGCCGCGUGCUGAGGCUCGAUUCCAUCCAGUCCGGUGCGGCCUGGCUGGGCGUCGACGUGCUGGUCUUCAACACGUGGCACUGGUGGACUCACAAGGGAAAAAGCCAACCAUGGGACUAUGUGCGAGAUGGAGACCAAGUUCUGAAGGACAUGGAUCGGUUGGUGGCCUUCAACAAGGGGCUGACUACGUGGGCCAAAUGGGUGGAUGCCAACAUCAAUCCUGCCGCAACCAAAGUCUUCUUCCAAGGGAUCUCCCCCACCCAUUCCAAGUUGCGUUAUACAGAGAGCACUGUGAAUACUGUGGCUUCUGUUUCAUGAAGCUGAUCUCACUGACUUCUUCCUUCGUUUUGGCAACAGGGGACC